AUGUUCAAAAGACUCCUUAAAUCAUCAACAACUUUUACCACGCGAGCGUUGGCUCAUCAGCCGUACCAUCCUCAUCACCAUCACUAUAUAGCAUCUCGGAGUAGCAUCACCCUUUGCAAAAGACUCAUCCAUACUUCACAACGCCGUCUAGCUAAUCUCACAGAAGAACAACUCGAGAUAUUAAAUCAAGAGAGACCCAAAGAUAAUGUUGAUGUUUGUAUAGUUGGUGCAGGUCCGGCAGGAUUAGCCACUGCAAUCAAACUAAAACAAUUGGAUAACGAACAAGGAAAUGGAGAUAAACGAGUAGUUGUAUUGGAGAAGGCAGCUGAUUUUGGCAGUCAUAUUGUCAGUGGAGCCGUUAUUGAACCACGUGCCUUGCGUGAAUUGUUUCCCGAUUCUGAUGAAGAUAUACCCUUGCCAUCCGAUUUAGUCACAAAAGUCACUGAAGAUCAUAUGAAGUAUUUAACGGAAAAGUCGAGUUGGCCCUUGCCAGAACCUCCCCAAUUGGCCAACAAGGGUAAAAACUAUAUCACAAGUUUAAACAAUUUGGUAAAAUAUCUUAGCGAACAAGCUGAAGAAUUAGGCGUGGAAUUGUAUCUGAACAUUUCUGUGAGCGAUGUUGUUUAUAAUGAAGCUAAUGACACUGUUAUUGGAGUUGCGACUAAAGAUAUGGGAAUAGACAAGACUGGUGCACCUAAGGAUACAUUUGAAAGAGGGAUGGAGUUUAAUGCGAGAGUUACUGUGUUUGCUGAAGGGUGUCAUGGAUCAUUGACCAAGCAAUUGAUAAAGAAAUUUGAUUUACGCAAGAAUGCCAAUACCCAAACUUAUGGCCUCGGGAUCAAGGAAGUUUGGGAAGUGAAGCCAGAGAAUUUUAAACUUGGAUACGUGGGCCAUUCAUUGGGAUACCCUUUGACUAAAGAAUCCGCUGCAUAUGGAGGUGGAUUCAUCUAUCAUUUCGGUGAUGGGUUGGUUGCUGUGGGAUUAGUCAUUGGAUUGGAUUAUGCCAAUCCAUACAUUUCCCCCUAUCAAGAAUUUCAAAAAAUGAAAACCCAUCCAUACUAUGCAGAUGUCUUACGUGGUGGUAAAUGUAUUUCAUAUGCCGCUAGAGCUUUAAAUGAAGGCGGGUAUCAAAGUAUUCCUCAAUUGUAUUUCCCAGGUGGAAUUUUAGUUGGAUGUGGCGCUGGGUUUUUGAAUGUCCCCAAGAUUAAAGGAACUCAUACUGCAAUCAAAUCAGGUAUUGUUGCCGCUGAAGCUAUUUUCAAUCGUAUACAAGACAUGGAGUUGGAUGAUGAAGAAGAAUUUGCUAGUCAAAUUGCUAAUGAGCCAGUUGAACUUUCUGAAUAUGAGUCAAGUUUUAAAGAUUCUUGGGCUUACAAAGAACUUCAUCAAGUGAGAAAUGUGCGACCAAGUUUCAAUUCGCCAUUGGGUAUCCUUGGUGGAUUAGCCCAUUCCGGAUUAACAACAAUGAUCACCAAAGGUAGCGAACCAUGGACAUUACAAUACCAUCACUCCGAUGCCGACGCAACUAAACCAGCAUCCAAUUUCAAGCCCAUUUCAUAUGCCAAACCUGAUAACGAACUAACAUUUGAUUUACUAACUUCAGUUUCAAGAACCGGUACAUAUCACGAUGAAGAUGAACCAUGUCAUUUACGAGUACCUCAUCAAGAUUUAAAACAACAUGCAAAGUUAAACUGGCCCAAGUAUCAAGGAAUUGAACAACGGUUUUGUCCUGCUGGUGUUUAUGAAUAUUUACCAAAUGAAAAGGAAGGGCAAUUGGGGGUUGAGUUUAAAAUCAAUUCGCAAAAUUGCAUUCAUUGCAAAACUUGUGAUAUCAAAGUUCCUUCUCAGGAUAUCAAUUGGACGGUACCCGAAGGUGGUGAUGGACCAAAAUACUACAUGACUUAG